AUGGCCAACAGCAAAGAGGUGGCGCUUAGUGGCUCAGCCUGGAGUCCAGAGUUCAUAAAGGAGCUGUUGCCAGCAGCAGAGAGGACGGCUCUACUUUACCAUGUGUCCUAUCUGUGUCUGGCCGGCUUUCCCACCCUGGAGAGGCUGCUCCGGAGCAGGGCCCUGGAGACUCAGCUCCUCUUUGGCUCCUCAGAGGCUCUCCUGCUUAAGUGUGUUGGUACCAGUGACAACUUGGUGAACUCCCUGUUCCCUAUGCUGAAAAUGGCAGUGGAGAAAAACAAGGCCACACUUGCUGUGAAGUACCUGGAGAAGGCAAAGACUUGGAUUUCCAAGAUCAUCACUGAAGUUGAUCAGGUUGUGGCGAGAUAUGAUUCACUCAACAGAGAUGUUGCCACAACCACCAGUGAUGUUAUCACUGAAAAAAUUGAAACUGAGAAAAAGAAAAAAAUUCAAAACGAGGAAGCUGCAGCAAUUGAGGCCACUUUGAAAGAAUACAAGGAUACGCUGGACCAAACGACUAAAGAUUUGGUAGAUAUCGAGCAAAAAAUAAAUGGCAAAAACCAUGAGCUUGAGGGGCUCAUCAGAGAUGUUUCUAGCAAGAACACGGGGCUUGGUAUCCUGAGUGCUAUUGUGCCUUUUAUUGGAGCCAUAAUCCACGCCAUCCACAAGGCAGCCACUGAGCCAGGGGCUAAAGUCAAAAUCCAGGCUCUGGAGAAUGAGAUCAGGUUACUCAUUUCAGAGAAAACUGACCUGAGACAGAGGGAGUGGACCCUUCAGAAUGAGGUGAUCAGCUGGCAAAUGAAGGCAGCAAAAGCCAAAAUAGAGUUGGGUUCAAUUCCAUCCCCACAGCAUCUUGAUGAAGUUCAGACUUGCCUCUCCAGAAUUCAGCAGAUUCUGGUUCAGCUACAAAAAUUCUGGGAGAAAAUUGGCGCAAUGCUGGAUUACCUAAAGGACAAGACCUUUGUUGGGGAAGACAUGAUUGACGACCUAGAUGUCUUAAAAGAUGUAUUUUUGGAAUCAAUCACCACAGCUGAAGAGGUUUGGAAAAAGUUUGGUGUUGUAUGUGCAAACGCCAAUGGCAUAUUCAGCAUCCAGGCCAAAGAUGCCUACAGAUUCCUGGAGGUCAGUCCUUCCUCUCUCUCUAAAGAGGAGUGGCAGAGUCAGUAUGAUGCUGUGAAGGAGAAGCUGGAGAAGAUCAGUCCCUGCUCACCUGCCAUUGAGGAGUCUGCUACCGAGGAACCUCCUGCUCCGGCCACCACCCAGUAA